AGAUGGCGCCGUCUCGGUCCCGCACUCUCAAGAGAUGUCAGAGAGUUUUGUAUUGGAUUCCCGUCCUCUUCAUCGCGCUGAUCGCCUCCUGGUCCUACUAUGCCUAUGUGAUACAGCUCUGUCUGGUUUCAAUGAAAAAUGUUGGAGAGAAAGUUGUAUGCCUUGUAGUUUAUCAUCUGCUUUUCAUCAUGUUUGUGUGGUCGUAUUGGAAAACCAUCUUCACAAAGCCAUUGAAUCCAAGUAAAGAGUUUCAUCUGUCGUACACAGACAGAGAGCAGAUAGAACGGGAAGAUCGAGGCGAAGGUCAGCAGGAAGUCCUGAGACGGAUGGCCAAGGAAUUGCCCAUCUACACAAGAACCUUAUCUGGAGCGAUCCGAUACUGUGACAGAUGUCAGCUCGUGAAGCCAGACCGCUGUCAUCACUGCUCUGUGUGUGACAAGUGUAUUUUGAAGAUGGAUCAUCACUGCCCUUGGGUCAACAACUGUGUCGGUUUCUCCAACUAUAAGUUUUUCUUCCUGUUCCUGGCUUAUUCACUGCUUUACUGCAUGUUCAUUGCUGCUACAGAUCUGCACUUUUUUAUCAAGUUCUGGACGAAUGGGCUGCCUGACACCCAAGCUAAGUUCCACAUCAUGUUCCUGUUCUUUGCAGCUGCAAUGUUCUCCAUCAGCUUGUCCUCUCUGUUUGGUUACCACUGCUGGUUAGUCAGUAAGAAUAGAUCUACACUAGAAGCCUUUAGAGCUCCUGUCUUCCGACAUGGACCAGAUAAGAAUGGUUUUAGUUUGGGCUGCAGCAAAAAUAUAAAACAGGCAUUUGGAGAUGAGAAGAAAUAUUGGUUACUGCCUGUCUUUACAAGCUUGGGUGAUGGAUGUUCCUUCCCAACCUGUUUGGUUAAUCAGGAUCCAGAGCAACCCCCUACUCCAGCUGGACACAACUCAACAACCAAAAAUACAGCUGAUGGACAUCCAUUCCCUGCCAAGCCUUUACGAGAUUCCCAGAAUCACCUACUCGGCAGUGGUCACACAUGGUCUGAAGGAGCUUCUGAUGAUGAGAAGAGCAAGCUUGGUAUGAGUAAUCCUGCCAUGGUGAUAGAGAAUGAGACCUAGAUACUCAUGAUGCAAACAUGCAACAGCUGAGAAAUUCCUAGGUGUAGCUGCUUA